CUGCGCGAGGGGGCGCGCAAGCCCGGAGGUGAGCGUCGGGCCGGUCGGUGGACUGGGCCCCAUGCGCGAGGCCAUGCAGGUGGCCAUGACCGGCAGAGCCCGCAAAGAGGCCGUACAGGCCGCGGCCCGCGAACUCCUCAAGUUCGUCAACCGGAGCCCCUCCCCCUUUCAUGUUGUGGCUGAGUGCCGCAGCCGCCUCCUCCAGGCAGGCUUCCAUGAACUCAAGGAGACAGACAGCUGGGACAUCAAACCUGAGAACAAGUACUUUCUGACCAGGAACUCCUCCACUAUCAUCGCUUUUGCUGUGGGUGGCCAGUAUGUGCCCGGCAAUGGCUUCAGCCUCAUUGGUGCUCACACGGACAGCCCCUGCCUCCGGGUGAAACGCCGGUCUCGCCGCAGCCAGGUGGGCUUCCACCAGGUGGGUGUGGAGACCUAUGGCGGUGGCAUUUGGAGCACCUGGUUUGACCGGGACCUGACCUUGGCCGGACGUGUCAUUGUCAAGAGCCCCACCUCAGGCCGGCUGGAGCAGCGGCUGGUGCAUGUGGAGCGGCCUGUCCUCCGCAUCCCACACCUGGCCAUCCAUCUGCAGAGGAACAUCAACGAGAACUUUGGACCCAACACGGAGAUGCACCUAGUCCCCAUUCUGGCCACAGCCAUCCAGGAGGAGCUGGAGAAGGGGACGCCUGAGCCCGGCCCUCUCAAUGCUGUGGAUGACCGGCACCAUUCUGUCCUUAUGUCCCUGCUCUGCGGCCACCUGGGACUGAGCCCAGAGGACAUCGUGGAGAUGGAGCUCUGUCUGGCUGACACCCAGCCCGCGGUCCUGGGUGGGGCCUACGAGGAGUUCAUCUUUGCCCCUCGAUUGGACAACCUGCACAGCUGCUUUUGUGCCCUGCAGGCCUUGAUCGAUUCCUGCGCCACCCCGACCUCGCUGGCCAUGGAGCCCCAUGUGCGCAUGAUCGCACUGUACGACAACGAAGAGGUAGGGUCGGAGAGUGCCCAGGGGGCACAGUCGCUGCUGACGGAGCUGGUGCUGCGGAGAAUCUCCAGCUCGGCCCAGCACCUGACGGCCUUUGAGGAGGCCGUGCCCAAGUCCUUCAUGAUCAGCGCCGACAUGGCCCACGCAGUGCACCCCAACUACCUAGACAAGCAUGAGGAGAACCACCGGCCCUUAUUCCACAAGGGCCCCGUCAUUAAGGUAAACAGCAAGCAGCGCUAUGCCUCCACUGCCAUUUCGGAAGCUCUGAUCCGGGAGGUGGCCACCAGUGUCGGGGUGCCCCUGCAGGACCUCAUGGUCCGCAAUGACUCGCCCUGCGGCACCACCAUCGGGCCCAUUCUGGCGUCUCGCCUGGGGCUGCGGGUCCUGGACUUGGGCAGCCCGCAGCUGGCCAUGCACUCCAUCCGGGAGACGGCCUGCACCACCGGCGUGCUCCACACGCUCACGCUCUUCAAGGGCUUCUUUGAGCUCUUCCCCUCCCUGAGCCGGAACCUCCUCGUGGACUGAAGCCGCCUGGGAACUUCCUUUCCACCCUUUGCCACAGAGGGCGGUUCGCAGCUGAGCUGGCGCUGGAGGAUUAAAGUGGAUUUUUUCACUUA